AUGUCAUCCAGCAGUGAGUCCAGUCCAGGCAACUGGAUUACAGGCAGCUACACCGGCAACAGCAUCGGCGUCCGCAUCACGAUCGCAACCUUUGUCGGCGUCGCCUGGUACAACGUAAUCGAGUUGAUCGUCCUCAUCUUCCUCACCUUCAAACGCUAUGAAGGUCCCUACUUCUGGAGCAUGCUGGUCGCCAGCGUGGGCAUCCUGCCUUACUCAGUCGGCUAUUUGAUCAAAUUUUUCGGUCUCACGUCUGCGACCUGGCUGCCUAUUACGCUGCUGACCAUCGGGUGGUGGACGAUGGUCACCGGCCAGUCAUUCGUGCUAUAUUCGCGACUGCAUCUUGUUAUUCAGAAUAUGCGCGUCUUGCGUUGGGUCAAGACGAUGAUUAUCACCAAUAUUUUCUUGCUGCACGUGCCGACUACUGUGCUCACUUUUGCUGCCAAUUUUUCUAACUCGCGCACUUCUGUCGAUGGCUAUGAUGUUAUGGAGAAGUUGCAGUUGACGGGUUUCUGUGUGCAGGAGGUAAUUAUCUCCGCUAUGUACAUGUGGGAGACGAAUCGCAUGUUGCGCAUGAAUCAGGAUCAUGUCAGUCGCAAGACGAUCAUGCAGCUGCUGGCUGUUAAUGUUUCUUGUAUCCUUAUGGAUAUCGCGUUGAUGGUGAUUGAGUUUAUGAACUUCUAUAUCUACCAGACUACUCUCAAGGCUACGCUGUACAGUAUCAAGCUGAAGCUUGAGAUUGCCGUCUUGGGUAAACUGGUCAACAUCGCCCACCAGCAUAUGUGGCGGUCCUCAUCGCUGAAUGGCGCUGGUCACUACCCAUCUUUCGUCGACCCGAGUCGCGCCCUGGGUGAUUUCCAACAUGCAGAUUCGCUAGCUACGAAUUCUAUGGCGACGAGUUCGGGCUCGAAGGGACAUACGUCCGGGAUUGAAGCCAUGGACACCGACGUCCGAUGA